AUGGGUAACGCCAACGGCUCCUUAAGUCCUCAUGAGCAGAAGGAGUUAGUGGCUGCUGCAAAUUUUAGUGAACGUGACAUCAAGAAAAUCUAUAAGCGAUUUCGUGCUCUUGAUACAAAUCAGAAUGGCGAACUCGACCCUCACGAGCUCUUUGAUGUCCCCGAAAUUGCUGAUAAUCCCUUGGUCAAACGCGUCAUUUCGAUCUUCGACACAAAAGAUGGAAAAGUUUCUUUUGUUGAGUUUUUAGUUGGACUUGGUGAGUCCGGCUGCCUGCUUGUUACCAGUUUUUCGACAACGUUCGUUCUCCUCAGCAAAUUAACCGCAGGAGUUGACGAUAAGCAAAAAAUGCGCUUCGCUUUCGACAUCUAUGAUGUUGACAAAGAUGGUCACAUUUCAAAUGGGGAAUUGUUUACUGUCAUGAAAAUGAUGGUUGGAAAUAAUUUGAAUGACCAACAAUUGCAACAAUUAGUUGAUAGAACAAUUUUGCAAACAGACAAAGAUGGAGACGGCUUGAUCUCGUUUUCAGAGUUCGAAGCAAUUGUGUCGCACAUCAACAUUGGGGAAAAAUUGCGCGUUGAUGUGUAG